UCAGAUAGUAGUUUUUGAUGAAUGAUAACCACUUGUUAUCUUGUUAAAUUUAAGAAAACAAAUCAGUAAAUUAUUAUUUUAACCAAUAACGAAUACUUACGCACAUGUUUAAUAAAUUUAAACUGUAUUGUACGCAUUGUAUAACAGUUUGGUAGGACUUCUCGAGUUUUAUUUGUUUUGAAGCUUUAAAGUAGUUUUGAAACAGUCAUUUUUAACAUGACAGAUAACAACAGGAAAUUGAGUGAUCAACAAAAACUAGAAUUAAUUAAAGAGGCGGUGAAAAGUUAUCCGGAUUUUCCUGUUCCUGGAGUAAAUUUCAAAGAUCUCUUCAGUGUCCUGCAAAACCCACCAAUUUUUGCCAUACUUAACGAAAUCCUAGUAAAAACAGCAAAACAAAUUCAGCCUGCAGUAGAAUGUGUGGUAGGCCUGGAAUCUAGAGGAUUCCUCUUAGCACCCCUGAUUGCGCUGGAAUUACAAAUACCUUUCGUGCCAAUAAGAAAAAAAGGAAAACUACCUGGCAAAGUGAAAAGUCACAAAUAUGCUUUGGAAUACGGACAGGACAUUGUUGAGAUACAAGAAGGUGCCAUCAAACCAAAUGAAAAAGUUUUGAUAGUAGACGAUUUGUUAGCAACAGGGGGCACCCUUAAUGCAGCCUGCCAAUUGAUAUCUCAAGUAGGAGGCAAUGUUGCCAGUUGUUUAAUUGUAAUUGAAUUGCUGGAUUUAAAAGGACGAGACAAAGUUUCGUCACCCAUUUCAAGUUUAAUCCAAUAUUAAUUGUUUUGAAUAAAC